GUUCGAAUUUUGGAGGCGAAGUGAUGAGUGUUUACUUCACGAAAAUAUCCGAAGCGAAAGAAAAAUCAAUGUUUAAUAAAGAUUUUGAAAAUGAAGCUGCAAGAGUUAAAAAACCAAAGGAGUAUUAUAUGAAUGAUGCAUUUUUAAUCUCAUGGCUGUUCAGAAAAUUUUAAAAGAAGUUACUGAAACAGUUACAGAUAUUUCAGAUGAAGAUGUAACAAUUUAUGCUCAGCAAUUAGGAAUUGAUGUUUUAAAUGAAAAACAUCUCUUUUGGAUAGCCAGAAAAGGAUUAGAGACACCUUUACCAAAACCUUGGUGUCCUGUAGAAGAUGAGAAAGGAAGAAUAUAUUAUUAUAACUAUGAAACUGAUAAUUCUUCUUGGGAACAUCCUGCUGACAGUUACUUUCGAGAAAUUGUAAAGCAAGAGCGGGAAAGACAAGCUUCAAAUAAACAGUUUACAAAUACAUCAAUUGAUUGUGAAAUUUCUGCAUUAACUGAUGACAAAAAUAUGACUGAUCAAAAUAUUAGUAAAAGAUCUACACUUUUAACAGAAAUGCAAGAAAAUGAAGGAAAUGAAAAACAAAUUACUGCUUCAUACUUAAAAGGCAAGAAUGAAAUUUUAUCAGACAAUUCAAUAAUAAUGGAAAAUGAUCCCAAUUUUAUUAUAAAAUUACCAACAGAUGACAGUUUAAAACAAGAAACUGAUGAAGACUUGUCUACUGGACUUGAUGUUGGAUUUGAUAGAUUUGCUCUGCAGUUUGGUUUAAUGGAUGCUUCUGAUUUAUCUCCUAUGAUGGCUUCCCCAGAAAUAGAAAAAAAGGAAUCAAGUAAUCAUAACAGUAAUUUGGAUUCAACUCCUAAAUCAUUGUUGAAAAAUUUAUUUGAUGCAUCUUUUGAUGUAAAUGAUGAUAAAAAUAGUAUGGAAAUUAAAAGUACAGAUGGUGAGAGAUUUUUCAAUUUUCUUAAAGAAGUAGAAGAGCUUAAUGAAAAAUCAUCAGAGAAAGAAAAUUCAUAUCUAAUAAAUAAAUCAAAAGAAGAAACUGAAGAAUCUGAAAAUGAAAUAAAUAGUAUUAAUGAUGAAACAAGUGAUCCAAAAGAAUUAUCAAAAACUAAUAGAAAUAUUCAUAAUGAUUUUGAAAAAGAUUAUAAAGAAUAUGAUCAGAAAUUACAAGAAAUGGAAGAAAUCUGGAAAAAGGAAUUAAUAGAAAAGGAAAAAGUAUUGCGAUUAGAAUAUGAAGAUUACAUCAAUCAAUUACAAAAUAAAUUAUUAGAAGAAAAAGAACUUCAAGAAGCAAAAAUUAAUGAAGAAAUUGAAUCACUUAAAAAAGAGAAUGCAGAAGUACUGGCUAAACAAGAACAAAUUUUUACAGAAGAAUUAGAAAGUGAAUUAGAAAGUGUUAAAGUAGAAAUGGAAUUAAAAAAACUUUCUGCAUUGAAUGAACUGAGAAGUAAAAUCGAAAAAGAAAAUGAAGAAUCAUUAAAAGUACUUCAGGAAGAACUUGAAGAAAAAUAUUCAAAGGAAUUUAAAGAGAAAGAAGAAAACUUAAUAAAGCUGUAUGAUGAAAAAGAAAAAGAUAUGGUAGCAGAAAUGGAAAAGAAUUUAGAGGAUAAGAGACAAAAUAUCCAAACUUUACAUCAACAAGAAAUAGAAAAUUUAAUACAGAAAAAUACAUUAGAAUUGGAAGAAGUGAAAUGUCAGCAAAAUGAAGACAAUUUAGAGCUCUUGGAUGAAAUUAAAAUUGCAAAGAAUGAAUUACAAAAUAUUCAGAAAUCUAUAGAAGUUGAAACAGAAAUUUUAAAAGAAUUAGAAAAUAAUAGAAAAAAUGUUUUAGAAAAAUAUCAAGAGGAAGAACUAGAAAUUAAUAAUUGUUUACAAAAAUUAAAAAAUGAUUAUCAAGAUAAAGCAAAAGAGAAAACUGAAUUGAAUGAAGAACUGCAUUCUCUUCAAAAUAACAUUUCUGAAAUUAAAACAAGCAUUGAAAAAGAAGAAAAAAUUUUAAUUGAUUUAAUAUCUGAGAAAAGGGGACUUCAAAAUGAAUUAACUAUUUUAAAAGGUGAUUUGAAUAAAUAUCAAGAAAAAAUCCAGUUAUUACAAGAAAAAUCGGUUUCCAAUGUAGAUAAAUGUGUAGAUACAUACGAACUCUUCUAUGACGAGGGUGAUAAAACUACAGAAAAUAUAGAAUAUAAAAUUGAUGAAUAUAUUUCAAAAGAAUCUCCUAAUGAAAAUUAUUCACUAAAUGAACAUGAAGACAUUAAGGAGUUGCAAAGCUCUUUUAUUGAAAAAGAAAGUAAAGUUGAACAAUUAGCCUUAAAAAUGGAUACUCUUGAAAAAGCUUUCAAAUUACUUGAAAUGAAGAUUGGAAAUAGCAUUGAUUCAACAUUAACCCAAAAUGAAAGAAAUUAUUAUAAUGAAAAUACAAAUGUUGAUGAUAAUCUGAAAUGUAAUUUUCCUAUCAGUUUAUUAUCUAACAAAGAUGAAAGACAGAAAAAUUUGUCUAAGUCACAACAUACAACUGAAAAAUCUAAUGACUACAUUAAUGAUGACAUAAUUUCACCUCAUGAUGCAAAACAAUCUGUAAUGUUAGUGUCAAAUGAUGGAAAUAUCAAUAACUCUUAUCAAAAUUUUGACUUGACAGAUAAAGGAACAUCUCCAGUUUAUAUUUCUACAAGUGAAAUACAUUUAGUUCCAUAUAAGAAGGUUGAUUUUAAUUCACAACUGAAAGAUUAUAGAAAAAAAUUGAAUAAUAUACAAAGUAAAUACAAUACUUCAAAAGUAAAGUUAGAUCUUAUAAAAGAAGAUAUAUUAAAUGAUAUUUCUGAAAAAUUGAUGCAUAAAGAAAAUCUUUAUAAAAAUAAUGAGCAGUCUUCAGAUAAUCAGAGUAGAAUGGAAAAUGCUUAUGAACAAAAUAUGCUUCCUACUGCUGCUUCUAACAUUGAUUUUAUAACACAUCCAGCAAGAAUUAUACAAAAUAAUAAAUGGAAUUCUGAUUUGAGAGAAAGAGCACAACAGUUCAUACAGAAAGAAGCUUAUUUUAAACAUGAAAAUACUUAUUCAUCUGAAAAUAAUCUGGUUGGUAAUUUCAGAUAUAGAGUUUUUAGUAUGAUUUGAAACCCAAUGAUAUAUUAGCAUCAGAAUUGGCAACUUCUAUAGUAAAAAAAGAAUUACUGUAAUAAUUUUCAUAAUUCAUGUACAUGAAUUAUUGCAAGCUAUAUAUAUAGAUCGUAAGCAUUAAAAUAUGAUUCUUUUUGUUCAGUUAUUUAUUAUAAGUUACCUAGAUAGUGACUA